CGGCAUCAUUCUAUUUCGUGAACCCUAGAAUUUGGAAUUAGCAGCCGCCAUUGGAGGAGAAGUGAGGGGAGAGAUUUAGAGUGUAAAACAACAAUGGCGGACAAGGCAGUUACUAUCAGAACUCGCAAGUUCAUGACUAAUCGUCUUCUUUCCAGGAAGCAAUUUAUCAUUGAUGUUCUUCACCCUGGCCGCGCCAAUGUUUCAAAGGCUGAGUUGAAGGAGAAAUUGGCAAGGUUGUAUGAUGUAAAUGAUCCCAAUUCCAUUUUCGUCUUUAAGUUCCGCACACAUUUUGGAGGUGGUAAAUCAACUGGGUUCGGUUUGAUUUAUGAUUCUGUAGACAGUGCAAAGAAGUAUGAGCCCAAGUACAGGCUUAUCAGGAAUGGAUUGGCCACCAAGAUCGAGAAGUCAAGAAAACAAAUGAAGGAGCGAAAGAACAGGGCCAAGAAGAUCCGCGGUAUUAAGAAGACAAAAGCAGCAGAGGCUGGCAAGAAGAAGUAAGAUGUCAACGAAGCUGACGAUGCUGUAUACACCGGUGGAGCAAUUUCCUUUAUGGUUCUAUUGUCGUCUAUAUUCCUAGCCCUCGCUGGUGCUCUUUCUUGUUUACCCUAUUAGCAAUAGUAGAUAUAGUGAAGGAUUUUGAGACUAAGCUACGAUAAUGUUUUUACUUUAAACUUUUGUUGAGAGUUUGAUCAAAGUUUUGUCCGGUUACUAAUCCUUUAUGAUAAUUUUAGCUCUAUUUACUAUCA